AUGGGUGGCUCUGGUGGGAUUUUGUUGAUGUGGGACAACAGGGUUGUGGAUAAGGUGGACGAAGCGGUGGGUUGUUUCUCCGUCUCAUGUAAAUUCAAAAAUGUGGCAGAUCAUUUCGUUUGGGCUUUCACUGGUGUUUAUGGACCCAAUAGUGAUAGAGACAGGAGGUUUCUUUGGGAAGAGUUAUCUGGCUUACGUAGUUGGUGGGAUGUGCCUUGGUGUGUGGGUGGUGAUUUUAAUGUAGUGCGUUUUCCUUUUGAACAUUCUGGUAUUGCUAACUUCUCUUCAACUAUGCUUCAGUUUUCAGAUUUUAUUUCCGAGCAAAGCCUUGUUAAUCUACCUUUGGUUGGGGGGAAUUUCACUUGGUGUAACUCUAGAGAGGUUGUUGCUAGUUCCAAAUUGGACAGGUUUCUUUUGUCCGUAGAUUGGGAGGAGAAAUUUCCAUCUGUUUGUCAAUGCCGUCUUCCUAAGUUGAUGUCGAAUCAUUUUCCUAUCCUUCUUGAGGGCGGGAAGUUACACGGAGGCAAAAAACCUUUUAGGUUUGAGAACAUGUGGUUAAAGGAUGAGGGCUUUUUGGGAAGGGUGAGUUCAUGGUGGGAGUCUUAUCAUUUCCAAGAAACUCCUAGUUUUUCUUUGGCCAACAAGUUGAAGAUGCUGAAAUUGGAUUUGAAGAGAUGGAAUGUGGAGGAGUUUGGUAAUAUAGGCCUUAAGGUGCAAAACUUAUGGAAGGAUCUUAAAGUGUUGGAAGUUAUCGAGGAAGUUCGUGCUCUUACAGUGGAGGAAAGGAGGGAAAAGGAUCGAAUUCAUGGAGAGUUAGAAAAAUCUAUUUUGUUGGAAGAGAUUUGCUGGAGGCAGCUUUACUCGAAGAAUGUGGUUCACCGACCUAUUUUGGAUGAGGUUGUUUUUUCUAGUAUUUUUGAGGAAGAUGCCACUUGGUUGGACAGACCAUUCGAUGAGGAUGAAGUUUUUGGAGUGAGCACAGUGAAAACUGAUGUUAUGAAUGUGCUUCAUGUUUUCCAUGCCCAUGUUGUGUUUGAAAAGAGCCUUAAUGCUACUUUUCUUGCUCUCAUUCCUAAGAAAUUUGAUGCUAUGGAUGUACAAGACUAUCGUCCUAUUAGCUUGGUGGGUGGGAUGUACAAGAUUAUUGCUAAAGUACAGUCGAUUGAAGGCGGGGUUCUGGGGGUGUUGUGCAACCUAGACAUUGAGAAAGCAUACGACCAUGUGAAUUGGGAGUUUCUCAUGUUUUUGUUACAGCAGUGUGGUUUUUCUGAAAAGUGGAGAAGGUGGAUCAGGUGCUGUAUUUCAACUAUAAAAUUCUCCAUUUUGACUAAUGGUUGUCCUUCUGAUUUUUUUGGGAGUUCUAGAGGACUUCGGCAAGGUGAUCAUUUAUCCCCUUUUCUCUUUGAUAUUGUCAUGGAGGCCUUGAGCCGUAUGUUGGGUGCGGCUACUGCAACUGGCCAGUUUUCAGGUUUCACAUUUGGAAAUGAAGCUGGUUCCUUGAUGUCGAUGUCUCAUUUAUUAUUCGCGGAUGAUACUCUUGUUUUUUGUGACGCUGACAGCACUCCUAUUACAGCUCUGCGUGGGAUUCUCUCUAGAUUCGAGGAGAUGUUAGGGCUAAGAAUUAAUUUAGGAAAGUUUGAAUUGGUUCCAAUCGGGGAUGUGCCUAAUUUUCAUGAGUUAGUGGAGAUUCUGGGCUGUAGGGAGUCUACUCUUCUGUUGAAAUAUUUAGGUCUCCCAUUGGGUGCUUCUUUUAAAGAUAAGUCUAUUUGGAAUCCUAUCUUGGAGAAGAUGGAGUGA